AUGUUGUCAACAAUCGUUGCAGCAGCAGGACUUGUCUCGAUCGUUGUAGGAGAGACAAUCCAUGGCGUUACUAUCUUCUCUCGUCAUGGAGAUCGAACCUCUAAGCACUACUCUGGAUAUCAAUUGACCCCUCUUGGGUUCACCGAGAACUUCGAAGUCGGAUCCGAUUACCGAGAUCUGUAUAUCGCCGAUGGAGCUCCAAAGCAGAUCCUGGGUAUCUCAGCUUCGAAAUACGUGCCUUCGCAAGUCUUUGCCAGUGCACCAGAUCAGCAGGUUCUUCUCAAUACCGCGACUGCCUUCCUCCAAGGUCUAUAUCCACCUCUCGAGCCAAUCAAUGCUACCCUCGCAGUCCAAUCCUUGAACAACGGCACGUCCUACACGAACCCCCUCAAUGGGUACCAAUACGUUGUUCUGCAUGGCGAGGAGGUCACUGCUCCGGAUACUAUAUGGAUCAAGGGAGACGAGGGAUGUCCAGUCACAACAAAGAUCCAGGGCACUUUCGAGGAUUCUGCCGAGUUUACAUCUCGCCUCGAGGGCACCAGAGAUUUCUACCAACAAUUCUGGGACGUCCUCAAGAAUGUCUACGAUUACACUCCCGAAAUGCUCAGCUACGACAAAGCCUACGAUAUCUUCGACCUAAUCAACGUAGCAACCAUCCACAACACAUCCCUCGCAUCAAACAUCACAGCCGACCAGCUCUUCCAACUCCGCACUCUUGCCGACUCCGCUGAAUUCGGGUACAACUACAACCGCACUCAAACCGGCCGCUCAAUCGGCGGACAGACCCUCCUCGGCGGCAUCUUCGCCCAACUAAACCAAAGCGUCUCCUCGAAAGGAAAACUCAAGUUCUCCCUCCUAGCAGGCAGCUACGACAACUUCAUGGCCUCUUUCGGUCUCAUGAACUUAACUUCCGCCAGUCCCGAUUUCUACGGUCUCCCUAGCUACGCAUCAACCAUGUCAUUCGAGCUCUUCACUGAAGCAGACACGACAAGCUUCCCUACCAAUACUGAUGAGCUGAACGUGCGGUUCCUUUUCCGCAAUGGCUCGGAUGCUGGAGCGACUCCCACUGUCUUCCCACUCUUCGGCGGGACCGCGACAUCUCUCCCUUGGAAUGAGUUCUCAGCUCAGAUCAAAGCACGAGCUAUCACCUCCGUCGGACAAUGGUGUUCAGCGUGCAACGCUACACAGUCUUUCUGCCCGGCUGAUUCGGGAUCUUCCUCUACCACGCCGUCCAUAUCGGAGUCUGAAGGUGACAAGGGAGGAAUUUCAAAAGCUGUUGCGGGCGUGAUUGGGGCUGUAGUCACACUUGCUGUUGUUGGGCUUGCGGGGUUGGCGUUUUGGUUGGUGAGGAGGAGGAAGACACCUGCGUCGAGGUCGGGGCAAAAUGUGGAAGGUACGGUGCCGAUGGAGAAGAAGACUAGUUUGUCGAGCUAG